AUUCUCUCUCCACGUUCACUACAAUAACAGGUAAUCAAACAUGGCGUCGAUGCUGAUGACUUCACUGAGGAGCAGCCCUUUGACGUCUGUGCAGGCUGUUCAGUUCGCUGCUCGUUCUCUCAGCACAUCUGUCCAUCUUCAAGCUCAAGCAAAGAGUAAGAAGUCUUUGGCCAAACCAGGAGUGAAGAACAUUGUUUUGGUUGAAGGCGUUCGAACCCCCUUCCUUCUGUCUGGCACCACGGGUUUGCUGAAAAGAACUGGGAUCCCUAAAGAUGCGGUGGAUUAUAUUGUCUAUGGAGCUGUAAUACAGGAGGUGAAGACCAGUAAUGUGGCCAGAGAGGCGGCUCUUGGUGCUGGAUUUUCAGAUAAGACUCCUGCGCACACAGUGACAAUGGCCUGCAUUUCAUCCAAUCAAGCAAUGACCACAGCUGUGGGUUUGAUCGCUGCUGGUCAGUGUGAUGCUGUAGUCGCUGGCGGGGUUGAAUUUAUGUCUGAUGUACCAAUCAGACACAGCCGCAAAAUGAGGAAGACCAUGCUCUCUCUGAAUAAAGCCAAAACCCUCGGGGCCAGAUUGUCUCUGUUGGGCUCCAUCCGCCUCGCUCACCUGGCACCUGAGCUGCCGGCUGUAGCGGAGUUCUCCACAGCAGAGACGAUGGGUCACUCCGCUGACCGUCUGGCUGCAGCUUUCGGUGUGUCGCGUCUGGAGCAGGAUGAGUUUGCUCUCCGCUCUCACACACUCGCUAAGAAAGCUCAGGACGGCGGGCUGCUCAGUGACGUUGUUGGAUUCAAAGUGCCAGGGAAGGAUAUUGUGUCUAAAGAUAAUGGGAUUCGUCCUUCCACUAUGGAGCAGAUGGCUAAACUCAAACCUGCCUUCGUCAAACCUCACGGCACCGUAACCGCAGCAAACUCAUCCUUCCUGACUGACGGUGCAUCUGCAGUUUUGAUCAUGUCAGAAGAGAAAGCUCUUGCUAUGGGUUACAAGCCUAAAGCGUAUCUCAGAGAUUUUGUGUACGUUUCUCAAGACCCAAAAGACCAGCUUCUUCUCGGACCAACAUACGCCACCCCAAAGGUGCUGGAGAAGAGCGGUCUGACCAUGGAUGACAUCGAUGUGUUCGAAUUUCAUGAGGCUUUUGCUGGUCAGAUCAUGGCAAACCUGAAGGCGAUGGGCUCUGACUGGUUCGCUCAAACAUACAUGGGCAGAAAGACUAAGGUCGGCGUCCCACCGAUGGAGAAGUUUAACACGUGGGGUGGUUCUCUGUCCCUCGGUCAUCCAUUUGGAGCCACCGGCUGUAGGCUGGUGACCACCGUGGCCCAUCGCCUGCAGAAGGAGGGCGGUCAGUACGGGCUAGUGGCAGCGUGUGCUGCUGGAGGACAGGGUCAUGCAAUGGUGAUCGAAGCUUAUCCUCAGUAAUCUGCGCACUUCUACACACACACACUUGGAUCCUGUAAAUACUAACGUGCCGUAAUGCCUUGAAAUGAAAUGUUGUUGUACGUUAUCUAGAGGUUCUUGAUUUAAAAUGCUGCUUGUGGAUGUAAAUGUAAACAUAACUUUAUUCGAGAACGUCUUUAGGAGAAGAUCAGGAGAUGCUCAGUGAGUUGCAUGCUGAAUGUAGCACUUAAAAGGCCAGUUGAUUCUGAUGCUAGGUAAGAAAUCACCAAUUCAUAUUUGAUUUUGAAAGAGAUGAAGGGGAACCGAGAGUUCUAGACUUUUGUUCUAAUUCCAAGUGUUCUAAAUUAUAGAUGCAUUAGCAAUAAACGCCUUUGAGCUCUUGAGGAUUAGAUUGUAAGAAGGACUGAUUCUAGAUCAGUCGUUAGGAUGAUAAAGGUUUUGCUCUUAAACUCGUGUGCCUCAGAUUCAGGCAAGUGAACCUCUGGAGAACUGAGAUCGCUUUCUCCCUUUUCUAACAGUUUGUACAAAUAAACAUUAUUUGAAACCACAAA